GUUCUCGAUGUCGCAUCUUUUCAAUGGCGACAAUGAGAAUCAGAUGAUACGAGUAAACAAAUCUGACGAUGCGUUUCAUGCGUUUUAUGCACUUUCUUGCGAAAAACACAAGCUGGACAGGCUGUAUUUGGUCGUAGUGAAUUGGCAGUCGUGAUCCAACAAACAGGCAGUUAAGAUUGUUCCUUUCGAUCACGAUGAGCGUGAAGCAAUAUAUUCACCCGAGAAACAAGUACAAACGACCGCCAGAUUACAAGCAACUCGCCGUCCUGUACCCGGAGUUUCGUGAAAUCGCUAUCAUGGACUUCACAGGAAAGGUUAGGAUUGACUUCAAAGAGAGAAGAAGCCUGCAUGUACUUACAGAGACGCUUCUGAAACAUGAUUUCGACCUGCACGUGGAUAUUCCAGCAGAUAAUCUGAAUCCGGCGAUUUCACUACGCUUAAAUUAUAUUCUAUGGAUAGAAGACUUGAUGACUCAUUCCAAAUUGGAAAUGGAGAAGGUUACGGGCAUUGACAUUGGAACCGGAGCAGUCUGCAUAUAUGCUCUAUUACUGGCAAAAAUCUACAAGUGUCACAUGAUUGGCACAGAAGUUGACAAAGGAAGUAUAAAGCAUGCCCAGAAAUGCAUAAAGAAAAACAAAUUACAAGAUUUAAUUGAAAUAAUUACAGUGAACUCCGAUAGAAUUUUUAAGGACAUAGUGCAGGAUAAUAGAGUUUAUGAUUUCUCAAUGUGCAAUCCACCGUUUUUUGAGAGUGAGGAUAAUGACUUCGAAAAAGUCGAAAAAGUCUUACCACCGAGAAACGCGCCCACUGGAAAUGACAGCGAGCUGAAAACCGAAGGUGGUGAAGUGUGCUUUGUGACCAAGAUGAUCGAUGAGAGUGUUGAGAUGGGAGAUCAAGUAAAGAUCUAUAGCACAAUGAUUGGCAAAAAAACUGACUUGGCUAGCUUAAGACGAUUGUUAAGAUCGAAAAAUAUAAAGAAUAUGAUAUGGACGGAAUUCUGCCAGGGCCACACAACACGAUGGGGUUUGGCUUGGAGCUUCCUUCCGCAAAACAUUAUAAACUUGACUACAGCACCUGUCAUUAGAAAACACGGGAAGUCUAUAGUGGGAUCGUUAAAGAAUUAUAAAACCUCGAUAACAUUUCCUGUGAAUGAUAAAUUUUCCUGUAUAGACGAUAUAAUUAGUUUUUUAAAAGUAACAGCGAAAGAGUUGAACAUCAAGUUACAAGACAUACCCAUUUCUGAGAAUAACUUCGAUAGUUGGGCAUGUCAAGUAACUGCUAGAAAAAGAUCGUGGGAACAUAUGCGCAGAAAGCGGCGUUUAGCGCAACAAUCCGCGUUAAAAAGAGUAAAAGGUGAAAAUAACAAAUGUAUUGAGGCGAAUACAUGCGCCGAAGAAACUUCAAUUGAAACUGGAAAUAGUGCAAAAAAUUCAGAUGAAGAAAGUUCUGAUAAAGAAUUACGUGACAAAAACGGUCCCUUGCUUGUUUGUAAAUUUUGGGUAGAAGCAGAAAGCCGCAACAAUUCUCAGGAUAUAAUUACGCAACCUGAUGAAAUACUCAGGAUAUGGAUGGUGUUUGAGAAUGGAUAUGGCGGUUUGGAUGCGUUACAUUCGUUGCGACAGUAUCUGAUAAACAAAUUGGAAGUGAAGGAAAAGAUUCUAGAUAAUCCAUCGAAGACUAAGAGAAAGAAAAAAAGGGUUAGUAAAGAAUGCUAAUGGAAGAGUGCGUUACUUCAGUUGUAUUCGGGCAACAGAAAGAAUUUAGCGAACAAUAAACAGGAUGCAGAAAAUUACGAAGAAAAUUCUUAAUUAGAUCGCCGUGUUACAUAUAAAACAAUUUAUUCCAUGCAAUAUGUUAAAGAAAAUCUACAAUAAGAUAGUAUAUGUAAUCAAAUUUUUGUAACGUUUUUUUUUUAUUUCAUGAUAUAUGUGAAGUUUUUUGUGUGUAACUAUAUCCCCCCUUAUAAUUUUUUUUUGCUAUUCCCCUUUAUAGUACAAUUUGGCUAAUUAUUAUAAGUGCAAUAUGGUAAUUUUUUUUCAUUAUGAUUAUUAUUGCAAUGUGAAAAUGAGUCCGUCGAGAGUCGGCGGCAGAUUGAUUGACUGAUUAAUUGAACGUUCGUUUGCCAUCACUGCAGAAAAAUUGCUCUUUUCAGGCCUGAAAUCUCGCAUAGAAUCUAUGAGGAUUGCGAAAUAAUUAGCACUAUUUUCUUCAAUAAACAAAAUCAAAAGUUUCGCUACUAUCGGGCAAUCAAUAUCGCGGUAUAUCGCUCUUCGAUCGAACCGCGGCGAGAGAUUCCGGAUCGCCGCGGAUAGAUCCGUAGAGCGGGUGAAACGAAUUAUAAUUAAUAUUAACAGCAGGGUAACAAUCGAUUCCUUAUGAUCCUAAAACUAUAAUCGCGGAACUUGAAAUCAACUACUAUUCGCAAUGACUCAGUUAACAAUUGGUCAUUGGUGUCCUUAAUUACAUGAUCAAAUAACAAUGUCAUUCACUGCAUCGUACUCUCAUUACCACCAUUUUCAAUACCGAAUUAAAGAUGUAUAAUAUAUUUUUAUAUCAAGCGCAUUAAGAAAAACUUGAAUUCAAGAGUAUCUAUAAAAAUAUGGAAGCACCUUUUCGCGGAUUAAUAAAAGAUGAAAAGAGAUGAGUUAUAUUUAUAUGAACUACAAUAUAAAUUGUAAUAUUUUCACUUUUUUUUUCGGUGGCAAUUGAGAUUGUGGAAACAUGUCUAAAUGGCACAAAACCGUGAUCACGGAAAAAGAAAAGACAAAAUAAAAUGUUAUUAAAAGCGAAUUCGCAAAUAACAGUACGUAAUGUAUUAUAUUAUAAUACAUAGGGUAACUCCGGCAAAUACGCCGCGCUGGGAUUUACGCCG